UAAGUCAGCUUUCAAUUUGAUGCCAAUAUUUCUCCAUGCUCCAUCUAUAAAAGCAACGCUAUCGCCCCCCAACAAAUGCACACUACUAAUCAUUAAGCUCUAACGAUGAGAACUCCAACGAUUUCUUCUCUUACUUUAAUUCUUAUUGUCAUCUUGUCGCGCUCGUCGGCAACUUUUGCCGACAAGUGCGACGAUUUUCUCGAAUGUCUCAAAUACGAAUUCCACAAUUAUUCCUCAAUUUCCAACCUCGUUCACACCAAAACCAACUCGUCUUUUGUUUCAAUACUGCGAUUUUCCAUCCACAACCUUAGAUUCGCAACAAAAAAUACACCUAAACCCCAGGUGAUUAUAACUCCACAACACGAGUCCCAAAUCCCGCCUCUCAUACUCUGCGCUAGAAAAAGUGAAGUCCAAAUCAGAACUCGAAGCGGGGGUCAUGACUUCGAGGGGUUAUCUUACGUGUCAGAAGUCCCAUUUGUGAUCGUUGACUUGGUCAAUCUCAGUGAAAUUACUGUUGACGUCGAGCAUAAAACCGCAUGGGUGGGAAGUGGUGCAACCCUAGGUUCUUUAUAUUACAAGAUCGCCGAGAAAAGCCCGAUUCUAGGGUUUCCUGCCGGCCUCUGCCCAUCCGUGGGAGUCGGCGGGCACUUCAGCGGAGGAGGCUACGGCGCAUUGACUCGGAAAUACGGCCUUUCCGCAGAUCACGUCAUCGAUGCACGAAUAGUCGACGUUAACGGCAGAAUACUCGACAGAGAAUCAAUGGGCGAGGAUCUGUUUUGGGCCAUCAGAGGCGGCGGAGGCGCCAGCUUCGGCGUGAUCGUCGCAUGGAAGGUACAGCUAGUCGACGUGCCGGAAAAAGUCACCGUUUUCACGGUCAACCGACAGAACGCGACGCAAAUCAUCCACCGCUGGCAGUACGUCGCUCCGGAGACGGACCGCGAUCUUCUCAUCGGGAUCAACGUAAACAGGGUGAACGCGACUAUCAAUGCCUCUUUCUUCUCACUAUUCCUCGGCGGCGUCGACAGGCUAAUGUCGUUGAUGCAAGAACACUUCCCCGAGCUAGGGUUAGUGAGAGAAGACUGCAUCGAGACGAGCUGGAUCAAAUCCGUUCUCCACGUCGCGUACCUCCCCAUGGAAACUCCAUUAGAGGUUCUCCUCAGCAGAAUCCAGCCCAACAAUGCACCACCUAGUUACAUCAAAAUCAAAUCAAACUACGUGCAGAAACCCAUUCCUGCAUCCGGUUUGGAAGGCGUGUGGAGAUUUUUCUACGAAGCGGAAGCGGAGGCGACGGCGUUCCUCUUCCUGUACCCAUACGGCGGAAGGAUGGCGGAGAUCUCGGAAUCCGCCACCCCGUUUCCUCACAGAGCUGGCAAUCUCUACUCGUUCAAUCACUACAUCUCUUGGGGAGAAAGCGAAGGUCGGAAUUCAGACAGAUACAUAAGCUGGUCGAGGAGGCUCGAAAAUUACAUGACUCCUUACGUUUCGAGAUCGCCGAGGUCGGCGUAUCUCAACUACAGAGAUCUCGACAUCGGAGUGAACAACGUCGUCGGAGACACGAGCUAUUCGCGAGCAAGUGUUUGGGGCAAGAAAUAUUUCGGCCACAAUUUCGAUCGUCUUGUUCGGGUGAAAAUCAUGGUCGAUCCACAAAAUUUCUUCAGAAACGAGCAAAGCAUUCCAAACAAGUGGAAGAAAAAUGGACGCCGUAUUUAGUUAAUAAUCACAAUCACUCCUGCGUUGCAGCUUAUGGGCAUUGAUUAAUUAGUAGUGUUUGUAUAAUCAGAAAAAAUUGUAUGUUUUGAAAAUUUGUAUGUGUGUGCAUGCAUGUAGAUUCAAUAUUGUACCUGUUCUCAGGGACGGAUCCAGAAUUUUU